AGCCCGAACUUCGCCAUCUUAAACCUGGCCUCCACCGGGACAUGGCAAAGGGUUGGAUCCAUCAUUAUGAACCGGAUCUCUCUGAACGGGAUCAUCUGGCCGGGGAACUCGUACCUGCCGCCCCGCCCGGUCAUCCAGCGGCACCUGAGGGUCGUCACGAUCGAGGAAGAACCGUUCGUCAUCGUGACGGACAGACACCCUGUCACCGGGGACUGUAUCAAGGCGGCGCUGCCCUGCACCAAGUUCGACUCCAACGGACUUAAAGAAGAUAAGUGCUGUGCAGGUUUCUGUAUGGACCUGCUGGAACAGUUGAAGGACGACGCGUGGUUCACGGUGGAGAUUUACGUGGUGGCGGACGGGCGGCACGGGACCGUACAGAGCGGCAACUGGAACGGCAUCAUCGGCGAUCUCAUCAACGGCACCGCUGACAUGGCCGUGGGAUCUCUGACGAUCACAGAGGAACGCCUGGAGGCGGUUGACUUCUCUGUGCCUUUCAUCGAGACGGGUUUAAAGGUGAUGGUGGCGAAGAAGAAAGGCGUUGUUUCGCCCUCAGCCUUUCUGGAACCGUAUGACGCCACGUUAUGGAUCAUCAUAGCCGUUCUCAUCAUUAACGUCAUCACCUGUGCGCUCUGGCUUUUCGAGAAGCUACGACCUGGUCAAGCCGAACGUCCACAGAAAGGUACAGAUUUGUGAAAUCCAUUCUAUCCCUCGAAGCGGUUCGCUCCGUUCCACGCCUUCUGGCUACUGUGGACACUCCUGUUCAACAACACCAUGCCGCUCAUCCGCGUGCCGAAAGGUCUAGCCUCGAAGUUUAUGGUCUGCGUGUGGGCCAUGUUCUCUACCAUCUUCAUAGCAUCGUACACAGCCAACCUGGCGGCCUUCAUGAUCCAGGAGCAAGUCAGCGAGAAGAUCACCGGACUGACUGAUCCUAGAUUCCAGCGACCAGAAGAGUUCCAGCCGUCCUUCAAGUUCGGGAGUGUUGUUGGGACCAGCAUGGAGAUGAAAAUCCGCGACAACUACCCGCGCAUGUACAGCUACAUGCAGAAAUUCAACACCAAGUCUGCCAGGGAGGCCGUGGAAGCGCUGAAGAAAAGGGAGCUGGACAGUUUUAUCUACGACGCGGUGGUUCUGGAGUACCUGGCCGGGAAGGAUGACGGCUGUAACCUGGUGACUGUCGGGAACGUGUUCGCCUCUACCGGGUACGGCGUGGCGUUUCCCAAGGGUUCCCAGUGGAAGAGCACCAUCGACUUACUCAUACUGUCCUACAACGAUAACGGGUAUUUGGACAUGUUCAAGAGUCAGUGGGUGGAGGGGAUCUGCAGCAGAAAACAGGAACUGGAGAAAAACACCCAUCGCCUUGCUAUCGAGAACUGUUCAGGAGUCUUCAUUCUCCUACUCUCCGCCAUCGCGCUGAGUUUGGUGAUCUUCUGUCUGGAGCACAUCGUGCACAAGUACCUGGUGUUCAUCGGCAAGUGGCCCAUGUUGUCAGACAGCGACAUCCCGCCCUCUCCUGUGUACGAGAACGUACAGGGUACCGGAACACUCCGGAUUAACGGCGCAGAGCGGGUAGUGGUGACGGAACACAAGGUAAUCAGCCAUGGCGGGGACACGUUCGAUGACGAAUGUCCCGGAUGUCAGACGGCUCAGGAGCAGAUCCACGCGCUGACGUCACAGGUUCGACAGGGUAACGAACAGCUGCGGAAAGCCUUUACACGGCUGGAGGAACUGGAGGGCGAUGUGUCAGCAAGCAGAGAGGUGGUCCCUGAAGUUUUGAAUGUUCACAAACUUUUAAACGAAGACGUCACUUCGAGAGUACCGGAACAACCUGGUUCCCCGAUGUCCCUUCAUCGCGUGGUACUACAACUGACAGCCGGCGAUCGGGGUGAGGACGAGGAUACCUCUCACGAAUACGAGAACCUCGGUCAAGCUGAGUCCUCGGGUAAUAUCUCCUGUCCAGAAACUGCCAAGCAUACGGAUCAGGACUAA